AUGAGAAUCUCCGCUAUCUUCGUCCUGGCUUCUGCCACCGCCGCCAUGGCCGCCAACUACACUCCUGCUCUCUUCGCUCGUCAGUCGACUGGCACCGUUUGCUCCAACGGAGAGUCCGUCUGUGGUUCUGGAUGUUACGACCCCACCGCCUACCUCUGCUGUGGUGAGCAGGGUCAGGUCUGCCCUACUGGCAACUACUGCGCCAGUGCCAACCGCUGUUGCCCUAUCGGUGCCAACUGCGACGGCCAGGGUACCUCCACUGCCAGCGGUGUUUCUGCCACUGCCAUUCAAUCUGGAUCCACCAUUCUCGGAAGCUGUAAGUCUAUCAAUUUCUUUCUGACAUCCAGCGCCACAGCCGCCUCUUCUGCCGCAAGCAGUGCUAGCUCCAGCAUGUCUUCGGCUGCUUCCUCUGCUUCUUCCUCGGGAUCAUCGGCUGCUUCUAGCAUGUCUAGCUCUGCUUCGUCAGCUGCUUCUUCCGCUUCCAAGUCCGCUUCUUCCGCCUCGAAGUCUGCUUCUUCUGCCGCUUCCUCUGCCUCCAAGUCUGCUUCGUCUGCCUCAAGCUCGGCUGCUGCCACUUCUUCCGGCGCUGCUGUUGCUGGCCAGGCUACCAACUUCGGUCUGGCCCUUCUCGGUCUUGCUGCCCUCAUCUAA